CAUGAGUGUGCUGCGUCUCCUCCCGGAGACCGUCCCGUCCUCCCGUCCCGUCAAGAGGGCGAAAACAGCCGUUGUGACGCUCGAUGGGGCCUCCAGUAUGAAGGACAAUAAUCCGGAUGUCUUUUCCCAUCAGUUUUGGUUGUGUAUUUUCGCGCUGUAGUGGAGCUGGACGCGCUGACCUGAGACACAUCGCUGCGCUGGUGUUGUUGUUGUUCACCCAGCAGCGGCCAACAUGGCUGAGGAUGACAGUGAAUGGGUCGUAGAGAGCAUCGUUGGCUACCUGGGAAGUCCAGAGUGGGUCAUUCCUGUGACGGAUUUUAUGGAAAACAAAUGUACAGUUUUUGAUGAUGAAGAUGAAAAUAAGUUGUCAUACACAGAGAUCCACCAGCAAUAUAAGAAAUUGGUGGAGAAUCUGUUGGAGAAUUACAUGCAGGAGGUUGGCAUCAACGAGCAGCAGUUUCUGGAUGCAUGCACCUCUCCCUUUGCCAAGUCCAAAACGCUGCAGACGGUGUUCCAGCCAGUUCUGGCUACAGACGACUUCCAGAUAUUUCGUUCUCUGAUGGUCCAGAAGAACAUGGAGCUGCAGCUUCAAGCCCUCAGAGUCAUUAAAGAAAGGAACGGGGCCCUCCCAGAGUGUCUGACGGAUGGCAUGGAUGUGAUGUCAGAGUUGCAGGAGCAAGAGAUGAAAAUCCUGCAGGAGGUUCUCAGAAAAUCAAAAGAGGAGUAUGAUGAGGAAAUGUCUAGGAGGCUGCUAUUAGAGGAGGCGGUUGGCUCCACCUCCAGCAGCUGCACUGAUAAGCCAACGGCAGAAAGCAGGGAAUCCCAAAAUACCACCUCUGCUCCCAGCCAACAACACAACACUGCCAAGGUCAAUGGCAAACCUGUCAUGAAAGAAGACAGCAAGGCGGCUGCUCCAGGAAGUGCAGAAGCAAAAUCAGCUAAAAGCAGCUCCACGUCUAAACCCACACCAGAUUGCAGCAGUAAUGGUGUGGCGUCCAGAGUCCUUCCUGCGGUCAGAGCUCCAGUAAAGUCCGCUGAAGCCUCAGUCAGCCUCUGUCCCGACACCAAGGAGCAAAAGAGCGGCAGUCAGACUGCAGGCGAGCCGUGGCUGGAGGAGGCGCACAGGGAGGCUGGCUUCUCCAAGCCAUUUAAAGAGUUGUCAGCAGCUCAGCAGGAGCAGCUCCAGCAGAGGGCGGCAUAUCUGCGCCAGCAGCGAGACAAGCUGCACGCACUGAAAAAAGAUCAGCAGAAAACCAAGCAGCCGACGACCUCACCAGAGGAGGCACCCGUCACCACCACCCCGGAGGCAGUGGGGCAGCCCCAGAGGAACGGGGCCUGUCCCCCUCCUGCUCCUCUUCCUCCUGCUCCUCUUCCUCCAGCACAACACUCUGCUAACUCCUCCAAACAGAAGGAGAUCUCUGCUGAGGAGAGGAAGAAGUUACAGAAGAGAAAACAUCUGGCUGACAAGCUGAAAGAAGAAGUGAUCAAGAAAUGAUUCCCCCCUCUCUCUCUGACUGCUAUAUUGUUAUUUAUAUCCUGUUUAAUCAAACACAUGGCUUCCUGUACACUGCCUCCUUCAGUCAGAUGAUUCACUUUAACACACACCAAGGUUUUUUUUUCCAAAGAAACACAAAAAGUAUGAGAUCUUCCUUCUUUCAAAGUUCUUUUCAUUGCUGUCUUUUGGAUGUACCAGUAUGUGGCAGUCUCCACACCCAACAACUCAGACAUCUGUUUGAUUAAGUAAGUUCAGAACAUGUCAGGUAAGCUGAAAAACACAUGGAGCGGUCAGUUUUAUACAUGUGAGUGGAGAUGGCUUUUACUUUACAGGACAAGUCACACCUGGGCCUGCUGUGUCCAAAACGCUCCUUUUGUGGCUGUGCUUCAUUUGGCUUUAUUCCAGUCCUCAUACUACUUUAUAAUACCAUUAGUAUGCCGGAAAAAAAGUUAAUUAUGACCCGGGAUAUAGUGUGUUAAAUGCAGGAUACCAAAAAUACCAGGUUUUCCAACUGCAUCCGGUCUAAUUUUGCAAGCCAACAUGCUUUUCGAGUAAUACUGACCCACAAUCCUGAGCACAGCGAAGAUGUGUCACAUGGACUGAGCUGCAGACACACCUGAUGCAGGCUGCAACAACUAUACUCAAUCACGAUCUACUAUGCAGUUAUAACAUAAAAGUUCAAACUAUGUAACAACAGCAGAAGUCUAGGAUUUAACCCUGUCUCUGGUGAGCUUGGUAUAUGGCUUUUUUAAAGAUGUUUUUGCUUUUUCGCCUUUAUUAUGAUAGGACAGGUUAAGCGUGAAAAAGGGUAUUCAUUCAUCAAAGGGCCAAAGACUGGAGUCAAAUCUGCGGCUGCCAUGGCAAGAACAUAGCCUUUGUACAUGGGGCGUCCGCUCCUACAGGUGAGCUACUGGGCACCCCGUGAAUGACAUUUGUUUUAUCUCCAAUUUAACUUUAAGUGAUAACUUUUUAGUUCUGCCUCAUUCAAAUUGCAUUGUUAUUCUUUUACUUCAAAUUGCGCUCUACAGACGGGGACACAUAUAUGAGCAUGAGGUUCAGAGCUCAGAUUGCAAUGUUAUGACGAAGUUUGACCCAAUUGUAUGCAUACUCCAUGCAUGAAACAAUGCAGGAGGGUCAUUUCUUAUUGUAGCGGUGACAUCAGUGUUUAACUGCCAAUCACAGUGCUCGAUGCACAAAGGAGACAAAGACUUCAUUGAUUUUACAGUUGUUUUUUACAGAAAAUAUGUAAAAUAGAGCAGAUUGUUGCUUUAAGGGCAGCUGCAGUACGUACUUAAAGUUAAAAAUAAAAGUUAGAAAUUCAAAACACAGCGGCGUCCAAAUUUUAAGUGCAAAAUCUAUGAACUAUAUGGUGCCCUCAAAAAAAUCCAAAUUGGAAUGAAAAAUGUGUUCACAGCCUGCACACUACUUGCUAGUAAUAUUAAAAAGCAGAGCUUUACCACUGAUAGAUGUUUAUCAUGCAACACUGCACCGGUCAGUAAUUGUGCAAAAAUAUGAUUCACAGCUAAUUUUUCCACUUUCUGUUGAUUAUUGACUGAAGGAGGGAUUUUGGACACCCUUUAGCUUGUUUCUCUGUAGACAUCAGUGAAAAAGGUCAGUAAUGUGGUGAAACAGACUGGAUAUUGGGCCCAACUGGCCCGGAGUUGUAUCAGUGAGUUAAGGGUUAAUGCUGGUGGAAAGACAUGAUUUGGAGAGUUUUAUGCCGAGGUGAAGAUAACUUUAGCUAGCACAAGUGUACAGUCUUGUUGUUAGCGUUCCCACAGGGAACAGUCAGCUGGUACAUCAUAAAGCUGAUCAAACCGUAGCCGCUCGAUUGUAGUUCAAAGAGCGCAGAGGAAGUUGUCAAGAUGAACACACAGUCAUGUGAUCACGAAGGGGCCAAGACAAGUGUGUCGCUUUCUACGAGGAAUGCAGUAUUUCAUGUACGCUGUUUAAUAAAAGCACAUUUUAUAGAAAUGAGCUAGACUCCAGAUUUUGUGUGUAGACAAACUGCUGUUCUCACACUGAUCUUUGAAUCUGGUAAAAAGGUGCUUUGGUGUCGUGCAGAGCUACACGGGAUUUAUUACCGUUUCUCUCCUGUGUUUGGAACAGAUUACUGUGCAGUAAAACUGGUCCAAAAAUCAUGAAAAAAAUGCUGUUGAUUUCUAACCACUGCCAACAUUAUAACAGCCACAAAUCUGUAGCGUUUCAUGGAAAAAAUCCACAAACGUAAGAGCCAAAAUUAAGUAUAUAAAAAUGAUAAAGUAAAAAUAAAAAUAAAAAUAAACAAGAUAUUUAAAGCAAUUCUGUGAACUGACAAGGAAUAAUAAAGCUGCGUGUGUUUGAGAGACAGUGACAAAGUGGAAGAGCAGGUGACCUUGUUAAUGCACCGCUUAUAAUUCGCGCAAUGUUUCUGUAAAUUAUUCAUAACAUACUCAGAGUGCUGCUCUGACAUGCUCUGCCACGAGCUGACUCGAACCCACUGGCAGGUGUAUAAGUAAACAAACAACAAUCACCACAAAGAUCAUUUUUCAUAUUACAUUUUUUCGGAAAUUAUUACAAUUUUGAAAGUUGAGGUUUUCCAUUUUUCUCCCCACAAACGUAACAAAUCCCUGCAAAUGUAUUUAGUUUAUAGUCGGCAACUGCUAUUACGCUUGUGGGAAAUUUAUUACGUUUGUGGGAUUAUUACAUUAAAAGCUGCAGAUUUGUAUUACGUUUGUGGGCUGUUUUUACGCUGACGGGUUUACCAUUCCUUGCUGUAAAAUUCGCACAAAUUGUUAAUUAUUAAUUAUUCCACUGAUAUCGAACACCCUGUGAGUUCAGUUUGGGAGAUUUUAAAUACAACCAUGUGGACUCAAAGGAACAACUCAGUCAAUUAGAGGUUUUGUAAAUCCAAUUGCCAAAUCUGUAAUUAUUAAAACAAAGCUAGAUUCACAAGUUCAAUGUCAGGGUCACAUUUAAUUUCAAAACUUAUCAAAUAAAUUCAUACAAAUGUUAAGAAUGGAUAGUGGUAGUAAAUGCACUUGGUACAAAUUCAUCAAGGGGGGGAGCAAAAACAGUCAUAUUGUUGGGUGACGCUAACAGACAGGAGGAAAGACAAUUCGCUGCUCACGUACUGCUCAACUACGAAAAGCACAUUGGCAAUAUUAACUUUACUUGUGCUGCUCGUGGUUUGACAGACGUCUGUGUCAUUGACGUUUUUAGCAAAUUUUUGAUUCUCUUCAUCUGCCUCUCAGUGUGCUUGUGACGAGAAGAUGCAACACAAGAAAUGUUUCAACCCAACAAUAAAAUGGCCUUUUCUGACAGUCAAACCAGUGUGGUGUGUCAGAAAAAAUCCACUUAAACAACACGGUUUGAUUCUCAAACUGCACUGCAUCAACUCUGGGGUUAAAUUAUCUUUAUGGCAAUAAAAACAGCUUGAAUUGAAAUCUUGAAAAAAUGUACUAAACUUAUUUUUUGAUCUGCAGAGUUGUUUUUAUGAACAGGCCAAAGAAAAAUUGAAAUUGAACUUUUGAACAGAGCUGAAUACUUCUGAAUUGGUUUUGAACAUUCUGGACCUUCAAACUGGGACAAGAGCCUCUGGCACCUAAAAGCUCCUUACAGCUCACUAGAAUUCUUCCUUCAGUGGAAAUGCGAGAUGUUUCACCAGCUAGCAGUGUUACAGUGCACAGACAAAGUGGGCAGCUUUUUGUUUCCGAUGCUGAACUCCUGAGAUCUGUCUGAGAGGAGGGUGCCAGGACUUAGUGUGCGCUACGUCUACUCUAAGCACACCAACAGCUCAGGUUUAUCACCCAGUUAGAACAAAAAAACUGGGCUAUGUGUGCACCGCAAUGAGGCCACUAAAUUCUUCAAUCUGCUAAAAUACAAAACUCCAGACAUCCUCAAAAAUGUGGCUGCAAAAAUGACUUUACUGCAGUUUUAAUACGUUAUUAUUAAAACCAGCAUUUGCAACUUCUCUGCAUUUUACAUUGAAUCAAAUGAACUGGACUGAAAGGGUGAACAGUGACCCCACCUUUUGUGCAACGACAACAAAAAUACACAGGCAGGUAGGUAUCUCUCUCCCCCCUUUGAAAAUCAGAUCAAGGAAAAAAAUGAUUAAAAAGAAAAUAAAACAUCUGUACAGUACUUUUUAACAAAGUCAUGAAAUACAGGAUCUCUGGCAAACGCAGUCCUGUGUGUGAGACGUCGUGUGUGUGUGUGUGUGUGUGUGUGUGUGUGUGUGUGUGUGUGUGUGUCUGAGACGUCGUGUGUAUGUGUGUGUGUGUUUUGUGUGUGCCUUGGCCAAACUGACGCCAUGGCUUCUGAAGGUUUGAGUCCUGCUCCUCUGAAUCUAAGCCUCAGUACUGUUGAGUUUUCAUCAUUUGUGACCUCCCUCGUCUCUCAACGUUUUGUCAUAAUUCUUCCGUGUUGCCUAGAUCCCUCAAUCUCCGACAAAAGUGAACAGUUCUGUGGCACGGCGGCACACGCUGCUUCAGCCAGUCAAGCUUUCUAUAACUAUGACGGCUAGUCCUGCUAGCCUGACUGGCCUGCUGAACAGUUCGUACGCUGGCUGGUUGUGUUCUGGCUUCCUCUGUCUCUGGAGCUCAUCGGUUCGGGUUCGAGACGGAUGGAAGGGAGAGUUCAAAUGAGGACGUGUGAGGGUUCCUGUGGGGUUGCUCGAGUACCGCAGUUUCCUUGCUACUGUUGCUAUAGCAACAGAGCAGAGUUAGGAACCGCCUUGGCACUGUUACAUCCACCGCAGCGUCUCUGGUUGUUACGUAGGAUGGUGGAUGAGGAGGAGAAAGUUGUUCAGGAGGAGGUCAGAGCAGGAAGAGUGUGACGACAGAGAGGAGGGAUGAUGAGUUUCUCCUGGG